AUGCCCGCAACAAAUUUCGAAGUCGAAGGAGUAACGAUGUUUGGAUCGCGUCCCGAUGAUAGCUUUCGGUAUCAAAUCUCUCUUCAAGACGAAAAGGUGAACAUUUGGCUGGAGGACCGCUCCAGCAAAAAGCAAUGGCAAUCCGGCUUUUUGAAGAAGGAAGACUACGUGACCGCCGCGAAUGUUUUUGUCGAUGCAACGGCGGCAGACUAUGUUUCGUGCUUCCAGCAGUCUUUGGAUUGCUCAAUGGAUAAAACUGAAGAAUCGCAGCGUAAGCUGAGUACCCUGAAAGGUGGAAAAUUGCAGCUUGAUAUGAGUAUCAAACUACGGUUGCUGCAGUCUGCUCGAGACGUGAAGUAC